AUGAGUGACGAGGAAUUUGGCCCGAUCAAGUGGCGCGCCAAAUGCAAGUGUGGAAAGAUCACCUUCUCCAUCCGUCGAGAAAAGCCCGUCAAUGCGAAAUUCUGUCACUGUCGCGGCUGUCAGGUCAUGCACGGGGCGCCGUUCCAGUGGGCGGCCAUCUUUCACAAAGAGGAUGUCAAUUUCACUCGAGGCUGCAGUGAUCUGUCUUUUUACUCGGCCUCGGGCAAUACGCAAAAGUAUCAGAUGCCCACCAAGGUCUCGUGUGCCUUUUGCCAUACCUUGAUCAUGGACGAAGGUCGGAACAUGUGCUUGUUGUUCCCUCAAUUGAUCGAAUUGGAUGGAACCUCGGACGAGCAGCGGAAGCAGAGAAAUACCUUUAAGCCCACGUGUCAUAUCUUCUACGAGCAGCGCAUGAUGGAUAUUCCCGACGGAAUUGACAAAUGGUCCGGGAUGGAUGGAAGCAGCGAGCGGUUGAAUGAUCAAGGCGAGCCGCUCGAAAAGCAGUGA